AUGUCGUCAAGGCAAGAACUUUUCCGUGCUGCGGAAGCCGGACGGACAGCCGAGCUGAAGACAAUACUUGCACGAGGACAGGUUGAUGUGAACUCCAGGGAUGGCUCUGAGAAUGGGGAAGGUAGAGCUGCACUUCAUUGGGCCGUAUCUUCGGGGAAGCGUCCUGCUGUGGAGGUGCUACUACAGUCUGGUGCUUCGGUCAAGUCGAGAGAUCAUUCAGGCAAAACGCCACUCAUCUUAGCUGCCCAAACAAAUGGAGCCACUGAGGUAGUAGAAGCCCUUCUCUCUGUCACAGACAUCGAAGUUGAUGCCUCGAAUCAUGUUGGCGUGACGGCACUCAUGGAAGCCGCGAAGCGAGGCUACUUAGACACCGCGAAGCUACUUCUGAAGUCGAAGAAGAUUGACAUCAAUAAUCGAGAUAAUGAAGGCAACACCGCAUUGCUCUGGGCGGCAAGUCGUGUGCAUCCUCAGAUGAUCUGGCUACUUCUGCAGUAUGGCGCAUUCCGCGGCUUCAAGAACAAGUAUGGCCAAACUGCUCAAGAUUUUGGCCUACCUGAAAUCGCAGGCAAAGGAGUCUUCAAUGAAAUGCCCGAGUGCCCUGAAGAUCCAACGUUGUCGGAAACAGUUGAGCGAGACUCUGCGGCCCCUCAAGACUCGUUGAAGAGCAAUAUGAUGCAUGUUCUGACGGGAUUGCAGUGGAGACGUGUGCUUGGUCCUCGUAUCCCUAUCCUAGAAACAGAGAUAAUCAAGGCCACCGGAUUUUCUUUUCUGCCCAAAGAUCAUCUUUCCAAGGGCCAAAUGGAGGAAGACGUCACAUCAGCGCUCCGGUUGGCGAAGGAGAUGACCGAAAACGACUUUGACGAGGAGCAGUGCAUGUGGAUCCAUGUUCCGAGCAACAAUGUACGUGCUUCUGAGUUACAGAAAUCAUUGUCCUAUGGCUAA